UCACGACUAAAUCUAGCGUGUAAAGGUGUAAAGGAUGUGCGUGUGCUCGGUUUAAGCCAUGUUAUGGCUACGUUUUUACGGUUACAUUGUUACUAGUUAGCGCACAGUUACAAUAUAGCUAACAAGGUUAGGUUAACUUGGUUAGCGUUAGCAGUGUAACUUGACUAACUAGCAAAUUUCUAAUUUCUUACCCACAAAAACACGUUAAUAUUGGUAUAAACACAUUUUUACAUGCUUACUUUAACUUUUUUAACUCCGUCCAAAACGUGGAAUUCCUCAGUCCUUGGAGAUUCUUGGACAGGUAGUAACGUUAAGGUAAUAACGUUAACUUAACAGGUACGUUAACCCUAUAACGUCACCACGUUCAUGCCCUCCCUCCCAGUAUGGCGAACCCCCACCUGCUGGACGUGCUGUUAAAAGAAGUGGAGUUUGGAGAUGAAUCAUGAGUGAAAGCAGCAGAAAUCAGAACCACGCAGACUGAAGAUACACGCGGAGAGAUGCUGCUGCUGGCCUGGGGAGCGAUACUCCAAGCCUGCCUCGCCCUGGUGGUGGAGGCCAGCCAGCGGAGCCUGAGGGAGCCGGCCAGCUGCGACCUCAACAGGAAGCAAAGUGAGCUGAACUCCUUCCUGUGGACGAUAAAACGAGACCCACCCUCGUACUUCUACGGCACCAUUCACGUUCCUUACACCAGGGUGUGGGACUACAUUCCAGAAAACUCCAAGAAGGCCUUCCAGGAGAGCAACAUUGUAUACUUUGAGCUGGACCUCACAGACCCUUACACCAUUUCAGCUCUCACCAGCUGCCAGCUCCUCCCACAGGGAGAAAACCUGCAGGACGUUUUGCCCAGGGACAUCUACCGUCGCCUCAAGAGACACCUGGAGUACGUCAAGCUCAUGAUGCCCUCCUGGAUGACUCCUGAUCAGAGGGGGAAGGGCCUGUACGCCGACUACCUGUUUAACGCCAUCGCUGGGAACUGGGAGCGCAAAAGACCCGUGUGGGUCAUGCUGAUGGUGAACUCGCUGACCGAGGCAGACAUUAAGACUCGGGGCGUACCUGUGCUGGACUUGUACCUGGCCCAGGAGGCAGAGAGGAUGAGGAAGAAGACAGGAGCUGUGGAGAAGGUGGAGGAGCAGUGCCAUCCACUCAACGGACUCAACUUCUCCCAGGUGAUUUUUGCUCUGAAUCAGACUCUGCUUCAGCAGGAGAGCCUGCGGGCCGGGAGUCUGCAGGUCCCCUACACCACCGAAGAUCUCAUCAAGCACUACAACUGUGGAGACCUCAACUCCAUCAUUUUCAACCACGACACUUCACAGGUCCCCAACUUCAACAACGUCACGCUGCCCCCCAGCGAGCAAAUCACAGCCCAGGAGAUCGACAGCUACUUCCGGCAGGAGCUCAUCUACAAGCGCAACGAGAGGAUGGGCAAGAGGGUCAAAGCUCUGAUGGAGGAGCACCCCGACAAAAGCUUCUUUUUCGCCUUUGGAGCAGGUCACUUCUUGGGGAACAACACAGUGAUUGAUGUUCUGAGGAGCGAAGGCUAUGAGGUGGAGCACACACCGGCCGGACAGCCCAUUUACAGCGGCCGCAGGUCUAACCCGAACAAGGAGGGCGACGUGUUUGAUGCUGAGUCUCAAAAUGAAGAGUUUCUGCAUGAAGAUCGAGAGUGGCGCCCCCUGGAGGAGGAGGAUCCUCUACCCCACUUGCUGCUCCCGGACAGCUUGGAGCUGCUGGAGAAGGUGGAGCGCAAGCUGAAGAAGAAACGGCGCAACAAGCAGAAGAAGCAGCGCCACCGGCAGUUCAACGACCUCUGGGUUCGCAUGGAGGAAAGCACCACAGUGGAGCCAGCGCCGGCCGUCGUCCGGAUCAUCAACGGCUACAUCACGGUCCAGACUCACCCACACGAGCACGGGAAGCACAGCCACGACAGGACGUUCUCCGGCUCCGCCCCCUUCAGGGGCGUGGCUUCUGUCAGCCUGCUAAUUCUGUGGGUUCGAAUGAUCAUGCAGUGGCUGCUUGACCGUUAGACCAGCUGUGUGACAUCAGGCUCGACCCCUGGACCUCCUGAACUGCUUAAAAGGACUGGAGAAGGUGCCGAGGUCAUCCACUAAAACACUAAACGCCGCGGGCUAAUUUAUGCCUGUGGGUUUGGUGAAAAACCUUAUAUAAAAAAGACUGUUAAAGACUGUAAAUCUAAACUUUUAAAUAUAUUCUUCAGUUCCUGAAGGAUUUGUGCUUCUACACUGCAUUAUAGUGCAGAUUAUGUUUUUUUUAAUGUAAAUAUCAAAUGUAUCAUAGAUGUAAUUUAGAAAAGUGAAGAAAAAAAUUAUGUUUUUUUGUUUGUUUUUAUAUAUAUUUACAGUAAAUAAGAUUUACUAUAUUUUUGUGACUAAAUCAGGUACUAACAAAUGUUUUGUUUUGUUUUGUUCUAUUGUUUUUGUCGUGUAUUUCAUUGUUAACACAUUACAAUAAGGGCACAUCAAUUGACAUAUAGCUUAUAGCAUCACUUAGUAGUAAUAAACAUUGUUAAAAAUGUUCAUUAUAGGAUGAAUACGUCUCAGUAAUGAAAUGACACUAGUUAAGACUUUGUUUAAUUAUUACAUUAAAACAUUAAUACAUUUUAAUACGUUGUAAAUAAUGUUAAUUAUCAUUAGUGCAAUUAAGACAUUAAAUAAAAAAAUGUUGUAAUGAUUAAAAAAUGUCUUAACUUGUUUCAAUUAAUAAUGAGCAUAUAGAGGUUAAAAGCUGGCAAAAGUUAUGAAUCUGAAUUUUAUAUAUUUAAAUCUAAUUAUGAUGUACUUAAUUUUUUAUUAAACUUUGAUUAAAAUAUUGAAUAGGGUAAUUCAUAAAUUAGAAUUUUUAUAUAAUGCUAUUUUUGUUUUUUUUUACUUAAAAUUGUUCCAAAUUAAUGUUUAAAACAUAAUACAAAUCAGAUUCAUACAUUUAAAUCUAUUUCUGAUUUAAUACUCAGAAAUACAGUAAUAGAUUUGAGUAAAUUUAUAUUAAUUUUAAGUCUAAAAAUCUAUAAAAGUUAUUUUUAAAUGUAUAUAUAUAUAUAUAUAUAUUUUUUUUUUUUUUUUUUCAUUUUCAACAGCAGAUUUCAUCACCUAAAAUAAAAAAAAAACACGAAAAGCUAUUCAAAUUGAAUAGUAUGAUUUAUGGCAUUACAUAUUUCAGGUUUAUUAAAAGCCAAGUGAACAUAAUUCUAAUAUAGAAAUUGCAUAGAAAAAAGCUUCAUAAGCUUCAAGUACUGUUAAUUAAUGUACCCUUAUUGUAAAGUGUUAGAAUUUCACUUAUGGGGGAAAAACAAUGGUUUGUUUUAUGCUCACUAUUGUCAAUAAGCCCUAAUAUGUUUGAAUUGUUUUGUAUUACAUAGAGGUUAUUCAUUUAAUUUAUUAAAUAUAUAGCGUUUAGCCUGUUUUAAGUGUGAUUAUUUUGACAGCUCUUUAUGGAAUGUGAUUGUUUUGACUGGGUCUUUCUGUGCUUUUAAAAGACUCUCUUAUCACUGUCAUCCAUUAGCACGCAUUCCAGUCAUGUAUGUGGCACAAAGUCAUGGGAUUUGUUUAUGCUGUUAAAGAAAUAAACUAUUUAUCUAGUUGAA